AUGGCAGCCUCCCCAAUCAAUCAGUUCUACACCAACCCAUCGGCCCGCACCUGGGCAUCCAGUUCCCCUCCUUCAAAUGCAUUAGAUAUCACAGCCUUUUACAACAGUCUCCCCAACUUCGCACCCACAUCACUUAUUCCUCUGCCCGCCAUCACCAAAGAACUCGGCCUCAAAAGCGUCUAUGUCAAAGCCGAGACAUCUCGCCUCGGACUCCCUUCUUUCAAACUUCUCGGCGUCUCUUGGGCCAUCCGCCAAGCCAUUAUCCAGAGAGCUUGUCUCCCAUCCUCCGCUUCUCUAGACGAUCUCCGCACUGCUGUCACGCAGCAGGGUAUCAAACUAUGUGCUGCGACGGACGGGAAUCAUGGGCGUGCGGUAGCGAGGAUGGGAGUAUUGCUUGGUGUGAAGGAAGUGAAGAUAUUCGUGACGAAAGGUCUGGGUGAGAGUAUUGUGAGGAGUAUUGCGGGGGAAGGAGAAUGUGUGGACGUGAGGGUUGUGGAGGUAUGCUAUGAUGACAGCGUUAAGGUUGCUCAUUGCUGGGGGGAGGAGAAUAAAGGGGGAAUGUUGAUUGAGGGGACAGCUUUUGAGGGGUACGAGGACGUGCCGAAGUGGACAGUUCAAGGCUACCGGACCAUGCUAUACGAAAUCGACUCCCAACUCGAAGGUCGGGUUCCAAGUCUCGUCGUAGCACCCGUAGGCGUAGGAUCUCUUGCUCAAGCAAUCGUAACGCACUACAAGGCCCCCAAACUUCCAGCCUCAUGUUUAACACACUCAAACUCACUCCAAGCUCCAGCUCCAAACCAAACAGCAGUCCUAACAGUUGAGCCCCACGCCGCUGCCUCUCUCCACACCAGCCUUCAAGCCGGUACCUCCGUUACUGUGACUACCACAUCAACGAUCAUGACCGGUCUUGAAUGCGGCACUAUCUCUACUGCUGCAUGGCCGAUUCUGAGAGAUGGUGUUGAUGCUAGUGUUACUGUUGGGGAUGGGGAGGUGCAUUGUGCAUUGCGAGAGUUGGAAGGGUAUGGAGUAAUGGCUGGGCCAUGUGGCGUUGCUGGUUUGGCGGGGUUGAGAGCAGUGCUUGAGACUGUAAAUGGGGAACGGAAUGAGAAGAUGAAGGGAGUGUUGGGGUUGGAUGAGGAGAGUAUUGUGAUUUUGAUCUGUACGGAGGGGACGAGACCUUAUGUUGCGCCUGGCAUGUGA